CGCUCGCUUCAAAAGAAACGAAGCAAAGAUGGACUCCUAAGGAAUUUUUGUACACGGCAGUCGUCCGACUUUGGAUGUUCCCACGUAAAAUUUCGCUGAAGCCAGACGGACCGUUCUUUUAUGACCAAGCUCACGUCAUAAACGAUGAUCGUGCAAGAGCCAGUGCAGGCAGCCAUAUGGCAUUGUUUGAAUCAUUAUGCUUAUCCAGAUGCGAUAUUCCUGGCAGAAAGACUAUGUGCAGAAGUGGACACAGAGGAAACAUUAUUUCUCUUGGCAACAUGUUAUUAUCGUUCUGGUCGGGUUAGACAAGCCUAUGCCUUAUUAUCCCAGAAGGCACGUAAUUCGGCACAGUGUAGAUUUUUAUUAGCAAAAUGUUGUUACGAUCUGGAAAAGUACGCAGAAGCAGAAGCUACGAUAAUUGGCGGGUACUACAAACAAUUAAAGAAUUUGGAAGAAAUAAUAACGCAGUUUGGGGAACAAGCAUGCUUUUCUCUUCAAAUCAUGGCGAAGAUUUAUUACAAAAUGACACGCACCACGAGAGGCAACGAGGCGCAUAAACUAGCUUUAAAACUGAAUCCGUUUCUCUGGCACUCUUUCGAGGAACUCUGUAACGUCGGCGAGAAGGUAGAUCCCGCUAAAGUCUUUCAGCUGGAUAAAUUAGAUUCGUUUAUCAUGUGCCAUGGUACAGCCUCUACAUGGGACUAUGUCGCCGAGCCAGAUCUCAUUGUACCUGGAAAUAACAAUGCCAACAGUACACCUAUGUCAAAUAGCACUAACAUCACACCCGUGCAAGUGACGGCACCGACGCUGAUAAAUGGUGGUCAGGUGCCACAAAUACGAUUAUCUUCUUCUAUGGAGGAGAGUCCACAAAAUGUGCCCAUUCACUGGAGCAACUGCUCCUCGAUAUCACCAAAAACUAAACUGUCGCGUUAUCGCAACAUGUUUAGCAAUCCUAUGAGUCCACUUACACCCAGUUUCGGCAUCUUGCCGUUGGAAAGCAAUACACCCGAACCGACCGUACCACCCACACAUACAACUCUCACGGAAGCUAACGAUCAGAAAAGUUUGGCGAAACGUGUGAGGGCUCAUGUUGGGCAAUUAAUGUCGAGAAAAGAGACACCUUUGCAACAAGGUAAACCGGUUUUUUCUCAGUCAGGCAAUGCAAGCAAUACUGCCAAUAUCGUGACAGUGACCGCUACUCCGACACCUCCGUCGCCGACGCUACAGGGAACCAACGUUAGACGUUCGUCACGGCUUUUCAGCCAUCACCACUAUUCAGUGAAGGAAAACAAUAAGUCACCCAAUAGAAAUAAAUUCGCCACUCCAAAGUCUCCUUCUCGGAAAACGAAAGCGAGACUCGCCAAGACGAAUCUAAACAAGACUAAUUUUGAGUUAAACGAGAGAAAUAGAAACGAGAAAGAAAAGAGCGAGACUAUCACGUCAGAGAAAGCUAUCGCUAAUACAAAUGCGCUAAACACACAAAGUAAUAAUAUUCAUUGCGCAGUAACGUUACAAAAGCAGUGUGCAGAGGGUUUGAUGUCUUUAUUACGAGAGUUAGGUAUAGCGUAUCAGCAUUUGAGUCAAUUUAAGUGCACGCAGGCUAUUGAAGUACUGAAUAUACUACCGACACAGCAUUAUAACACAGGUUGGGUACUCUCUAUGCUGGCCCGUGCGCACUUUGAGAUGAUGGACUACAAAAAAGCUGCUAGUUAUUUCGCCGAAGUGCGGCAAUUGGAGCCACAGAGGAUGGAACUGAUGGAGAUUUACAGCACUGUUCUAUGGCAUUUACAUGCAGAAGUGCAGUUAUCUACGCUUGCUCAAGAUCUGGUCGCUCAUGAUCGUAAUUCAGCGGCCGCAUGGUGCGCUACGGGCAAUCUUUUCUCGGCGCAAACGGAACAUGAAACAGCGAUCAAGUUCUUCCAAAGAGCUAUCCAAGUGGACCCCAAUUUUCCUUACGCCUACACACUAUUAGGACACGAGUAUGUAUUGACCGAAGAAUUAGAUAAGGCAAUUACUGCAUUCCGCAACGCCACCAGGCUUGAUCCUAGGCAUUAUAACGCAUGGUUUGGACUGGGAACGAUAUAUUCGAAACAGGAACAAUAUAUUUUAGCGGAAUUACACUUUAAACGGGCUUAUAAGAUAAACCCGCAUAAUUCCGCAAUAAUGUGCCACAUAGGUGUCGUGCAACAUGCUCUAAAGAAAACCGAGCAAGCGUUAAAAACACUGAACACGGCGAUAGUUAACGAUCCAGAUAACACCUUGUGCAAGUUCCAUCGUGCGAGCAUCAACUUCUCAAUUGGUCGACACGCGGAAGCUCUCCGAGAAUUUGAGGAGCUAAAGAAUAUUGUACCCAAAGAAUCUCUAGUCUAUUAUUCGAUAGGAAAGGUACAUAAAAAAUUAGGCAAUACGCAUCUUGCAUUAAUGUACUUUAGUUGGGCAACGGAUCUAGAUCCGAAAGGUGUUAAUAGUCAAAUUAAAGAGGCUAUAUUGAGUCCAGGACAAGGGGAUGACGAUUCUCCGGCGACGCAAUCAGAAGAACAACAAGCACAAAAUUGUUCAAUGGAACAGGAAGUCGAGACGAGUAGAGAAGGAUGCUCUGCGCCUCUCGCCGGGAAUGUUUCCGUCGAACCUCCUGCCGAUGACAGCGAUGACAGUUUAUGAAAACGUCGCACUGUGUACAAGAAGAAGGCUGCCGUGAAAUAAAGCGACAAUUCGUAGCGCAUCGUUAUCCCUCGUGUCUGGUCACGCAAAUCGUUCUUUACCUGAUCUGGCGCUUUACAGAAUCGGUAAAAGGUGGCGUUCGUCAAAUUAAGUUCAGCAAUUGCCCAUAUUGUUGCGAACCAAUUUGUAAAGGAUUCGAUGGAAGAGAGCCCAUUGUAUCGUUUCUCCGCGGAUUCAUUUCCUUUGCACGAGUUGGAAAUCCUUAAUCAUACAAACGCGAUGCUCUCACCCUCGUGAAAGGGAAGUCAUGUCGUAUCACUCUCUAUCGACUUGUACAUUAAUAUACGCGUUCAUUUCUGUACAUUUUUCUUUCUUUUUUUCUUUCUACCAUUCUACUUGGUCAUCCUUUAUAUUUUUUCGUUCUUUCAAUCAUGUCUCUUGUGCCUCGUUCCGUUGCGGGCUAAGUCCCUCUGAGUCGGACGAGACUUAGAAACCUCGCGUCGCUAGAAACUCGACGAUGUCGAUGUUGCGUCCGAUUUAAGCAUAGCUCGGCCCUAGAAUAAACCUAGGGAUCUAGUCCUCACACUCAGACAAGGUAUUAGAGAUUUACGAUUGAUGAGUAGAGACUGUAUCGCAUCGCGAGAAAAUGAACGAACGUAACCAUAAGCAUGUCGUAUAGUUAGAUAAUGUAAUUAAUUCAUCAUUUAAGGAAAGGAAUGAAGUCUUGUGUAAAUGUAAAUUAUUAUUAUUAUGUAAGGCUCUCGCGUAUAUUGAAAGUCACCGUCCAUUGUGACCGGCUUUCUUAAUCGUUUGCUGGCAACUUGAAAAUCGCGAAUAAUGGCAUUAUUUGAAAUCACUUCAUCAGAAUAAACGAGCCGGCCAUGAGCGACGUUAACUUUUGAGCCCUGAUCAUUACUGUGUAUUUACCGCAAUCUAUUAUUAUUAUUAUUAGUGCUACCAUUGCUAUUAUUAUCCGUACGAUUAUCAUUGUUGAGUUAGUGAUUAUGGGAGGUACCGUUGGCCAUCGCUGCGUUGGCUGGUGGCCGUUGUUGGACGAUCGUGCAAUUCUCGUCGUGAAGUAAAACCCUGAGUCGAUCGAAACAUGCGAGUCCGAACCAUGGUGAUUACGGCGAUUCGUCUGUUAAUCGCGAUCAUGCUCGAGACGCUUUUGGCCUCUUGUUUCUCUUUCUCGCGAUCUCUGAUAUCCAGAAAUCAUCGUAAUCCUACUAACUUGGCAAGUGUCUAUAUGUACACACAUAACGCGCGUCGCGGAUUGUAUAUUCUCAAUUGUGCGGAAAGCAGUUUCGCGUUCACGAUGCCGGUCUUUGUGAAUUGAUAUUAAGUGUACAACGUAAAUCGCCAAUUGUUGCUAGUCGCGAGUUUCGUUCGAGUUUCUCGGAGCGAUACACAUAUUGCGUUUCACUCCAGUGCGGCAUAUACGCAAUCGUAUAUGUCGUUCGUCUCUGUAUCGCAAUCGGCGCGUGUAUCGCACGGCGGAAGUGCACGCGCAAGAAGUGACUUGUAACGUUUUAUAUUGUACACGGAAUUAAACGGAAAACGUCAAACGGAAAAGAAAUAGAGAAGAAGUUGUCGACUGAGAAAUAUGUCUAUGUGGUAUGAGCGUGUCAAGCGCGUGAAUAUUUCUUAUCUCUCCUCGCUCGUUUACCUCUUCCUAUUUCUCUCUUUCGUUCGUUUAAUUAAGUUAUUUAUUUAUCUCCUCGCAUCUGUGUUUUCUUUCCGUGCCAGAUUCAUCCGCUCCAUGAGGUAGGAUGAAAACGGAACGAGUUCUUAUGUCUAGCGUUUAACAAGGCUGCGACUGAUCGAUUUUCAUUAUUCGAUCCCUGUUCACGAGUCUCUGAUAAAAGAAGAAAAGUCUUUCCGAAAUUAUAUUUACGUGAUACACAAAUACACGUACAUACAUAUAUAUACUUUAUUGUCAAAUGGAGACAAAGUCGCAUGUAUCUUCCGAACAUUUGUAGAAAACAAUUAUGUGUAUAUGAUGUUCGCUAGUUUCUAACCCAGCCUUCGCGAUUAUAAAAAUGGAGAAAAUUCAAUUAACAUCAACGAUCGCUGCCGUGUUACUCGUUACAAAGAGGUGUAUGCGCAAAAAUAAAGGCCUGCACUUUUUAUGGAACGCACGGUUUUCACGUUUCAGUGACAUUCCACCUGUCCUGCUCUGCACUGAAAUAUACAUGUUUGAGUAAUUAUCGGCACGAGCUUUUGUCAAAUUGUUAAUUAAGAAUACAUUACAAGUACGUUUCAGUGCACAGAUUGGUGGCCUUCUACAAUGUUUAUAUAUUUUGUAUUAUUUCACAUACCACCGAAGAAAUAGCUAAAGACAAUUGUUAAAUUGUGACGUCUAAGCUAUCAGAUAAUCAUGCGCUAUAAUAAUUAACAAAUUAGAGAAUUUGUUCAAAUCUAACGAAGUUUAAAGUCUUUUCGAGACUUUGCCGGCUAGUUAAAUUUGCAAUUGUUACCGUUAAAGUAGAACGUCAAUACCUAUUCUUUUAUCCGUGCUCAGCACGUAUUGCUGGAACUCUUUAGAAUCGAUUCCGAAGAAUUCCAUAAUACAUGCCCUGAUUUUUCAAAGAAA